UAAUUUUUAUUUUUUGAUCUUCGUCCCUCCAGUAAGAUCACAGCUACAUCGGCAGAGUGAAAGUCAAUUCCUCUGGGGCUGGGGUGACCAAAGGCCAGCUUAUCUCCCUCCGGCGAGCUCGCCGCCCGCCAACCACCGCUCCUACUCUAUUAAUCGGCCGGCGAUGAGAUCUCCGAAUUGCCAUGGCAAGUAAGAAGAAGCUCAUGGCAAGUAAGAAGAAGCUCAACAAGCGAUCCGUCAUCCAUCCCCAAACCACCGCCACCAACACGUCCAUGGCUCCCUCUAGGCGUCCAAAUCUCAGCUGCGGGAAGCUCGCAUUUCUCGCUCCGGCACUUCCGGUCCUCUGCUUCUUCGGCCUUUUGAGCAUCUUCUGGAGCUGGUCGAGCAAAUUGACGGUCGAUCAUUCAUCACCCGUCCUGUACGCCAUCGAAGUCGUCAACGAGUUUCCUCACGAUCCCCAAGCUUUUACUCAGGGGCUUCUUUAUGCAGGAAAUGACACUUUGUUCGAGUCUACUGGCCUUAGUGGGGAGUCAUCAGUUCGGAAAGUCGCUCUACAGACUGGAAAGGUUGAGGCAAUUCACAAGAUGGACUGGUCUUACUUUGGGGAGGGUUUGACUCUUCUUGGAGAUAGGCUGUUCCAAGUAACUUGGUUGAAGAAAACUGGUUUCAUAUAUGACCGUUAUAAUCUAAGCAAAUUUGAGGAAUUCACUCAUCAAAUGCAAGAUGGUUGGGGCCUGGCAACUGAUGGAAAAUCCUUAAUCGGAAGUGAUGGGACUUCGACAUUGUAUCAGCUAGAUGUACAAACACUAAAAGUCAUGAGCAAGAGGAUUGUCACACAUAAUGGUCAUGAAGUACACAGCCUUAAUGAACUAGAGUAUGUAAAUGGUGAAGUUUGGGCGAAUAUCUGGCAGAGUGACUGCAUUGCAAGAAUAUCAUAUACAGAAGGGAAGGUGCUUGGAUGGAUUCUCCUCCCCAAUUUAAGGGAAGGAUUAAUAGCUACUGGAUAUCAUGGCAUUGAUGUUCUAAAUGGCAUAGCUUGGGAUGGUGAAAACAAGCGCCUGUUUGUGACAGGAAAGCUGUGGCCGAAGCUCUAUGAGAUAAAGCUACAUAGAAUGCAGAAUAACUAUGAUGACGAAUUUGUCCAGCAACUUUGUUUACGUAAGCCAUUCAAUUUUGUUAAACCAUAAACGCAGUGUAUGAUACAGAGCAGUUAGACUAAUUAAGAAAGUUCCAGUGUCUCAUUAACCAACAAACAGACUGGUGAUCAUCCCUUGGUUCUUUUUGCUUCUGCUCGCGAGGCCCCCGGGUUUCAGACAGCGAUCUGUUAUCGAUUAUAUAUAGCUUUGCAAGAAAGAUUAGAGAUGGCAGUUCUGUUGAAUUAA